UUGGCCGGGCCCCCACCCUAUCAAGGUUGCUGGAGACCUCUUGGGCUUCCGAUAACCUUGCCUGAGAGCGGGCGGCCAACAGAAGGGAGCCCCCUCCCUCGAUUUGCUCCUCUUUUCUCUUUUCGAGGUGAGAGGGGAGCAUAUAGGCGGCGGGGGCUCCCUCCACCAACAAGACAAGGUCACCGGAGGCUCGAGACGACCUCGCAGAGGAGGAUAGCAAAUUGAUGGCGAGGGCUCUCCUCUGCCCACAGUCGUCCCUCAGGCGAGGUCGUUGGAGGCUCGAGUCGACGACCUCGCCUGAGGGAAAGACAGAACCACCCAACAGACAUCCCCGUUAGUUGAGACAAAGCAGCUUUCCAAAUUCAGCUUCAGAACAUCUCAUCCCGCACUUUCCGCAGCCGACAUUUCUAGUUCCGCCAUUAAAACUCACUCGACGAACAGAGAGACUUGGAAGAGCCAAAACCAGACUCCUCCAAUUCCCCUGGCCUCGCCGACUCCCGGAGUUGGCCGUUUAAACUCGCUCGUGCUUCGAGUUCCCUCUUGCAGCAGUAACGAUGAAGAUGAAUCGGGCACCGUUUCUGAGGUCUACAGUUAAUGCCACCGUUCUCGUACAAUGCGUUGUGUCGGUUUGUGCCAUUCUUGACCCGGUGGAUUUCCUCGCACUUCAGUCGAUCCAGAAGUCCCUCUGGGACGUGCCUGGCUCGAGCUUCUUUGCAUCGUGGGACUUCACCUCGGAUCCUUGUAACUUCGUGGGAGUCUACUGCGACGGGGAUCGGGUGGUUACCCUAAACCUUGGCGACCCGUGGGCAGGUACCCCAGGUUUGAUGGGCAGGAUAGACCCGGCCAUUGGCCAUCUCUCCUCCAUUGUCGAGCUCACGGUGGUCCCGGGCCGGGUCAUGGGGCCUCUCCCACUUUCCAUCUCGGAACUGAAGAACCUCCAGUUCCUCGGGCUUGGCGGGAAUUUCAUCUCCGGAGAGAUACCUGCAUCACUCGGGAUGCUUCAGAAUCUCCGGACACUAGAUCUCGGGUUCAACCAGCUGACUGGAUCGAUCCCAAGUUCGGUAGGGUCCCUCCCUCAGUUAACCAACCUCAUCUUAUCCCACAACAAGCUGUCCGGUCCCGUACCACCAUUCAUGUCACUAGUUCUAUCCCGGAUCGACUUGAAGCACAACUACCUCUGCGGUCCCCUCCGAGCCGGCUCCCUCCCUCCAUCACUGCACUACCUCUCAUUAUCAUGGAACUGGCUUAGUGGACCAGUCGAUGAGCUUCUAAACCGGCUCAACCGUCUGAACUCCCUGGACCUGAGCAUGAACCAAUUCACGGGCAAUAUCCCAGCCACGGUCUUCACCUUUCCGAUCACGAAUCUCCAGCUCCAGAGGAACUCAUUCACAGGCCCAGUCGAUCCAGCCAGCCCCGUCACAAUCCCGACCGUCGACCUCAGCUACAACCAGCUCUCAGGACCGAUCUCGCCCAUGCUCUCGACCGUAGAGAACCUCUACUUGAACAAUAACAGGUUCACAGGCCAGGUUCCAGGGAGCCUCGUGGACCGGCUCCUCGCAGGGGGGAUGCAGCUUCUGUACUUACAGCAUAACUAUCUUACGUCGCUCGAGAUCGAUCCGAGGGCUGAGAUCCCCCCGACCUCCUCAAUGUGCAUACAAUAUAAUUGCAUGGUCCCGCCAAUACGAGCGCCAUGCCCUCUCAAGGCCGGGAAGCAGCAGAAUCGGCCUCGGAAGCAGUGUAUAGAAUUGAGAGGGUAAGGUUGUGGAUUUUCAGGUUAUGUGGGGGCAUUACUGAGAUAGGGGUUGUUUGGUUUCAAGAAAUGAUUUUAGAAUCAUGAUUUUGAUUUUAACUCUACCCGCUAAACAACAAAAACACACAUUUCCCAAGUCAAAUUUAUAAUAUCAUCUCAUUUGUCUUUUUCCACAAUCAAAAUCAAAAUCAAAAUCAAAGUUAUUUUAACUCUGAAACCAAACGCCCAUGAUUCCCGAGUUUUACAUUUUUUUUUAUCUGUUCAUUUAUUAUUUUGGUAACAUUGAUUGGUUAAGGUAAAUGAUCAAAUAAGAAGAUUAAUGUUGUUCAUUGGAGAAAUUUUUCAAUGAACCUCUACCUCGU